AUGAAGAAGAGAGGCUCUUGGAUUGACACUGCCAUCAUGCCUCUUUUGACACUUGGAUUUUAUGCGUUACAACUUGACCGCGGAAACAUAGGCAACGCUUUGACAGACUUUUUCCUGCGCGACAUCGGCAUCACACAAAAUCAUUUUAAUAUCGGCCAGCAGCUGUUGUCGCUUGGAAUCAUUAUACUUGAGAUACCCAUUAAUUUGGUUCUCUAUCGGAUUGGGCCCGUACUUUGGCUGGGUGGCCAGAUGAUGGCGUGGGGCCUUAUUGCAACGUUUCAGGCUUUCCAAAAGGGCCUUGCUGCUUACUAUGUGACAAGAUUUCUUCUAGGACUUGGAGAAGCUGGGUUCAUUCCUGGUAGUCUUUACACUAUAACCCGCUGGUAUAAACGAAAUGAAACUAGCAAGCGAUUCUCCAUUUUCUUCCUCGGCAACAUGCUGGCCUCUGCGACAUCUGGUCUCAUUGCCUUCGGAAUCCUUCGUAUGAGAGGCAUUGCUGGCUUGGGUGGAUGGCAGUGGCUUUUUAUCUUAGAGGGAGUUUUCACGGUCGUCGUGGGUGUUACAUUCCUCUCGUUUUUCCCCAAGAGCCCAAGUGACCCUACGUCUUUACUCAGGUUCAAGUGGUUCACAGAGCGUGAGCGACAGAUCAUGGUCGCAAGAAUACUUCGGGAUGACCCAUCCAAGUCCCAGUCCCGGCCACGCAUCAGCUGGCAAGAAACGAAGCAGGCUGCAAAUCCCGUCAACGGUUCGUGGGUAUCGCUGAACGCGAAAACAGCCGGUGAACGGUCAAUCACCAUGGCCAUUCAUAUCAUGGCCGCGAACUGUUCGGGGCUUGUUGGGAAGCAAGUCUUUCGUCAAGAAGAUGCGCCGGUGUACCGUGAGGGCUGGAAGCUCAUUCUGAUUCUGUCAUCAUUGGCAGUCUUGUUCUCUGUGCUGGCCAAUAUCCAGUACUAUCUUGGAAAUGCUCGUCAGGUCGCCCGUAGCGGCUUAAAAUAUCUAUAUUGA